CUUCACCUACCUAGGUACAUACUCCGUACUAUACGAGAGUAGUACAGUACAGGUGUACUAAUUUUAAGAAAGAAGGAAAUAAAGAAAGGAAAAAAUGCACAUUCACCGAAAACCGUUGACCCGUCGCUCCUGGAAAUGGUGCGCUCGUCGCCGUCGGUGCCAAGAAACCAAACCACCGACGCGCCUACAAAACAAAGACACACAUUUCAAAUCAAAUCAUCCUCUUCCCCAAUUCAGAUCCCAAAUCCCUCCCCCCGGACCGGAGAUCCAAAUUCCUCCGCCAUGGCCGCCGCCGCCGCCCCGAUCCUCCCCACCACCCUCCCGGCCACCGUCCCCUCCGCCGCAGCUCCGGCGACCAGCCCGAUCCCAACCGCCAUCUCCUCCUCCCCAGACCCAGCCGCGACGCGGGCCUUCCUCCUCCGCCUCUACGACACGGCCAAAACCUCCCUCUCCACGGCCCGCCCCUGGGCGGAGCUCCUCGACCGGACCGCCCUCUCCCGCCCGGACACCGUCUCCGCCGCCACCUCCCGCCUCCGGAAGAACCUCCCCUACUUCCGCGUCAACUACCUCGCCCUCAUCUCCUUCACCCUCGCCGUCUCCCUCCUCGCCCACCCUUUCGCGCUCCUCGCCCUCCUGGCGCUCCUCGCCGCCUGGUGCCUCCUCUACCUCCUCCGCGACCCGGCCACCUCCCCGCCCCUCGCCGCCUUCGGCCGGACGUUCUCCGAUCGCGAGACGCUGGGCGGGCUCGUCGCGGCCUCGGCGUUCGUCGUGUUUCUGACCUCCGUCGGGGGAAUCAUCUUCUCCGCGCUCGCCCUCGGCGCCGCCGUUGUUUGUGUCCAUGGCACCUUCCGGGUGCCCGAGGAUCUGUUCCUCGAUGACGUGCCUGAACAGGAUCCCGCCUCCCUCGGCCUGCUCGGCUUCAUCAACAGCAGCGCCGGCGCCGCCGGAGGAGCAGCGCGCGUCUGAAUGCAUGUCUGAUCGAGGUUUCAGCAUUCCCCAUGGAAUUCCUUCCUUCGCCCCCCACAUUAUUAUACUACAUUACAUUACACACAGAAGAGAAGAAGAAGACAAGAUAUGGAUCUAGCUUUUGUUGUUUGUUUCAUUUCAGGAGUUGUAUUUUUUUACUCUCUUUUUUUACUGCAUUUCAUACUUACAACAUACAGAAGAUAUAUGUUUUCUGCAUUCCAUGCUGUGUUUUUGUUUUUCUGUAUCAUGAGACAAGAUUAUAUAUGUUGAGGAUUAAUGCUACAGCAGUAUAAAUAACUUUGCUGUUGAGACAGA